AUGGAGCGCAAAGCAAAGACAAUUUUUCAGCUCGACACACCUUUCACAGCAGUCGAAUGGCCUAAAAUUUCAGACAAGGACCAAAAAGUUCUAUUUGACCUCCUCUGCAGGAUUCUCUCUCCAAUUGGCCAAUAUCGAAAUGACCACGUGAUGCCUUCGAAAGGGAAGAGAAGCCAAAAGCGGAAACGUCAAGAAGCCAAAGAAAAGGCGGUUUCGAAUUCCUGCACUGAGGCUGUGGAACCUCUUGAUGUGCCACCACCUCCAGAGAUUCAAAAACAUCUCGUAGUAGGAUUGAAUAGCAUCCUACGCCACCUACAAUCCUUAUCUCGAGCUUCCAGGCCAGAGCAAGCAGACAGUAGACUCGAUGCCAACACAGAGGAAGAAGAGACUCUUAUUCCCGACGACUCGAUACCUCUCCAGCAUUUCUCAGUGAUAUUCGCCUUACAACCAGCACCCACUACUCCUACUCUCCUAACAACACAUCUCCCGACCCUAAUCUACACUUCAUCUCUCGCCCACCCAUCUCUGCCACCAACGCGCCUGAUCCCACUAUCAAACCCUCAGACAACUCAAUUGAAGACCUUGCUCUCUCUUGCUCGUACUUCCCACAUUGGUAUUCUGAGUUCUGCUCCUGGGGCGGAAGCACUGAUCGCCGUGGUGCGAGAGACUGUGCCUGAGAUCAAGAUCCCGUGGUUAGAUGAAGUGAAGAGGGGAGAGUAUCUGGGUGUGAAGAUAAAUGCAAUAGAUACGUUUGUUGGUGUUUCUAAGAAAGAAUCGAGAGAGAAGGAAGCAAAAGAUCAUACCUAG